UCCGUCGAUCUUCGGCGGCGACACGAAGGUGCCUUUGUCCUUUCUCAGUAUUUGUUUUGGUCCUGGUUGUGGUAGCUCCAAAGUCUUCAGUGUUGACGGAUGAACACGAACAUAAAUUUUACUAAACCCUAAAGUUGGUCAAAUUUCUCAGAUAUUGAUUGUUGAUUUAUCAUGCCAAUGGCUGACAGGAUUAGCGUGUUGCCAAGUGAAGUUCUCUGUCACAUUCUCUCGUUUCUUCCAACUGAGGAUGUUGUUGCAACUACUGUUAUUUCUAAGAGGUGGAGAUCAUUAUGGCUUUUAGUCCCAACCCUCGACUUCGACUAUCAAAGAUACAUUUCAUCCAACAACAACAGAUCACAAUCUUCUUUUGUGCGCUUCGUAUACGCAACCAUUCUCGGAGGAUCAUGUUUUCCGCAACCCAUCAAAACCUUUCACCUCAUAUGUGACUCUUCAAUUUCUGAUACCACCAUUUGGUUAAACGCAGCAAUGCAGCAACGCCAAGUUCAGAACCUUGAAAUCGAGUUUCGCAGUAAACAACACCGGGUUCCCGGUACAAUCCCGUUUAGCAUUUUCAGCUCUACAACUCUUGUUGUUCUUAAGUUGCAUUCGGUGCGUUUUCGUGCUUUUCCUUCUUCUGUUGACCUUCCCUCACUCAAAGCCCUACAUUUGUCCAAUGUUGCCUUUAAAAAGGCUCAACUUUUUUUUGAACUUCUUCAUGGGUGUCCCAUUCUUGAAAAUUUGGAAGCAAAUGGUGUACUAUGUUUUUUCUGUACAUUUGAGGAGGACAGGCUUAUAAGUUUGCCAAAGUUGGUUGGAGCGGAUCUUUCUGACAUGAUAAAUCUUCCUAUUGCUAUGAAAGUAUUUUCUAAUGUAGAGUUUCUACGCCUAGAAAAGGUUUGUAUGGAAAGGAAUUUGGUUUGUUAUUUUUUUUUUUUAUAGAAAUUGUUACCAUAUUUCUAAUAAUUUAUCUUUCUAACUCUUGCAGUGGUACUGUGAUAUAAGUAUAACCAUUUCUGUGUUUCCAAAUUUAAUGCAUUUGGAGCUCAAGUUGGGAGGCUCUAUUGACUGGAAUUUGUUGCUUGAUAUGCUCAAUCAUUGCCCUCAACUUCAAACUUUUGUGCUUAACUCAGACCAUGCUUCCGAGGCUUGGCCAACCCGACAUGAUGUUCCUGAAUGCUUUUUUUCACAGCUCAAGGAGUGUUGUCUUACAAACUAUACAGGUAAGGAAUGUCAGAUGAGAUUUGCAAAGUAUGUUUUGCAAAAUUCAAU